AAAUGUUCAUUUUUAACAGAGGGACCAACCAAUUCUGCCUAGUUUCGAGACCAGGUAUUAACAACUGGAGAGUAUAGGGUUAAGCUUGGGCCCAAUAAAUGAUUGGGCUUGAAUUAUUAAAUAUUUGACCCACAAGAUAUUGAAACAAUUUGAGAUACAAUUUUGUUAAUCAAUAAGAUAAACUGGGCUGGACCGAUUUUAAGAUCCCAAACUAUCAAAACCCAUCCUAUGCCCAAACAAAAAAAAAAAAAAAAAAAAAAAAAAAAAAAAAAAACACGAUUGGUGUAGUCACGACGAACAACGGAACAACAGCUACACCGGCGAUAAAUCACGGUGGCAAGGGCCGAAAAAUCUCUUUCUCUCUCCUCCAACUCACCCUUCAAUCCAAGUUAAUUGAUUCAUCCAAUUAGCUGAAUUUUUUCUCAGUAUUUGAUUGAGAGGGGAUCAAAUUCCUUGCUUCAAUGGCUCAAAUUCCUAAUUUAGAUAAUGCUGCAAUUAAUCUAGCUUCUCUCAGAGAACAGUCACAGAAGGAGUUGUUAACGAUUAUUAAAAAUAUUCGCGGAAAAAAAUGUCUCGUCAUUGAUCCAAAACUCAGUGGCUCUCUUUCACUUAUUGUCCAGACUGCACUUCUUAAGGAACAUGGGGUAGAAUUGCGACAUUUAUCAGCUGAACCUCUACAAACAGAAUGCACGAAAGUGGUGUACCUUGUGUGUAAUCAACUUGAAAUGAUGAGACAUAUAUCCCUGCAUAUUCAUGACAACACAUCAAAGGGAUUACAAAAGGAAUACCAUCUUUACUUUGUUCCUCGGCGUUCUGUGGCAUGCGAACAGAUACUGAAAGAGGAAAAAGUACAUGAUUUAUUUACUAUUGGAGAAUACCCGUUAUACAUGGUUCUACUUGACGAGGAUGUGAUAUCUUUUGAACUUGACUUUGCAUACAAGGAGUGCCUAGCUGAUGCUGAUACAAGCUCUCUUUGGCAUAUUGCAAAAGCCAUUCAUAGGCUUGAGUUUUCGUUUGGCUUGAUACCAAAUGUGAGGGCGAAAGGCAAGGCUUCAGUCCGUGUUGCAGAGAUUUUGGAUAGAAUGCAGACAGAAGAGCCAGUCAACAUAGAUGAGGCGGUACCAGAUAUAAGUACACUGAUCUUGCUCGAUAGAGAGGUGGACAUGGUAACUCCAAUGUGUACCCAGUUAACUUAUGAAGGCUUGUUGGAUGAGUUGCUACAUGUGAAUAAUGGGGCUGUGGAGCUUGAUGCAUCUAUUAUGGGUGCCCAAGAGGGGAAAAAGGUCAAAGUACCGCUAAAUUCAAGUGACAAGCUUUUUAAGGAGACUCGGGACCUCAAUUUUGAAGUUGUUGUCCAGGUCUUACGCCAAAAAGCAACAUCCAUGAAACAAGACUAUACUGACAUAACAACCACUAAUCAAACAGUAUCUGAACUGAAGGACUUCGUCAAGAAGCUUAACUCCUUGCCAGAGAUGACUAGGCACAUAAAUCUUGCUCAACACUUGUCCACAUUGACAUCCAAGCCAUCAUUUCUUGGGCGUCUUGACAUGGAACAUACUAUUGUGGAAUCUGAGAGCUAUGACAUAUCUUUAGAGUAUAUUGAAGAAAUGAUUCACAAGCAGGAACCUCUUGCCUGUGUCCUCCGACUUCUCAUCUUGUUUUCUGUUACAAAUUCAGGAUUGCCUAAGAGACAGUAUGACGGUCUGAGGAGAGAGAUACUUCAUAGCUAUGGAUUUGAGCACAUGGCCACACUGAAUAAUCUGGAAAAGGCUGGGUUUUUUAGAAAACAGGAAAUGAGAAGCAACUGGUUGACUGUAAAACGAGCUAUGCGUCUUGUAGUUGAGGAUAUCAAUACAGCCAACCCCAACGAUAUUUCUUAUGUCUUCUCUGGGUAUGCACCACUUAGUAUACGUCUGAUCCAGCAAGCCAUUAGAUCUGGAUGGCGUUCCAUUGAAGAAAUAUUAAAGCUACUACCUGGACCACACUUUGAAACAAAAAGAGGGGCAUUAUCUAGGGGUUCAUCAGUGGAGUCACUGUCAGGAGGAUCAGCUAAUGUUGACAAAGCGGCAUCUGGAAGACGCUCUGUAGUACUGGUGGUUUUUGUUGGUGGGGUGACAUUUGCUGAGAUAUCUGCACUCCGUUUUCUCAGUUCUCAGGAACUGAUGGCAUAUGAUAUAAUUGCUGCCACGACAAAGGUAAUCAAUGGCCAGACUUUACUGGAUCCAUUUGUGGAAAGACUUUCUUGAGUUAUCCUCUAUUUGAUGAGGCUGACAGCUCACGUUGAUUGAGAUCAGUUUCUUGUGAUGAUUUUCUGGUUGCAAUACUUUAUUUUUCAAGCUUCUUAAAUUUUGUUGAGUGUACUCUAAAACUUUACUGUAAAUGGGAUAUUGUUUUGUUGGUUUUCAAUCCAUUACCAAUGUGAAUCAACUAGAAGUCGGAUCCUUGUCUGUCAAAAAAAAGAAAAAAAAAAAAAAAAAAAAAGAAGUCAGGAUCCUUCUAUCUGACUAAUUGAGUAUAGGCUCUUGUUGACACUUCUAAUCUGACAAAAAUAACACGUUUACGCCUCAAACUCAUCUGCUUAAUUGGAUUCAUCUGAUGUUGUGCCCCAUCAAAGGAUUCACUUUGCCAGAAGCAACGGAAACAUUUGUCUUUUUUGAACAUGAUAAUGAAAAGACUUCUCUGAUGUUGAGAGUUGUUAUUAA